AUGAAAGCAAUCAUUCCACUCAGCCUGGCCACCCUUGCCGCCGCAUUGCCUGGCAAUAUCCAACCAAGACAGGCAAAGGCACCGGUAUUCAACAUCGAUGGAAAAUCCCAAUACUUUGCCGGCACCAACACCUGGUGGAUGAGUCACCUCACAUCAGACGCCGAUGUCGAACAAGCCAUGUUUCAGAUUGCCAAGAGCGGGCUGAAAGUCACGCGCGUCUGGGCCUUCGGAAACACCAACACUGGCACUGAUCAGCCUGUGUACUUUCAGUUCCUCGACACGGCUAAGAAGACCAUCACUAUCAACAAGGGCACCAACGGCAUUGCCCGUCUCGACGCUGCUGUCGCCGCCGCGGAGAAGCACAACAUUCAGCUCGUACUUCCGAUGCUGAAUAACUGGGAUGACCUGGGUGGUAUCAACAUCUACUGCGCUUACUUUGGAUGCACCCACGAGACCUUCUGGACUCAUGCCGAUGCCCAAGAAGCCUAUAAAGAUUAUGUCUCUUUCAUCGUUAAUCGAUACAAGGAUUCACCAGCCAUCUUUUCCUGGCAGCUCUGCAAUGAACCUCGCUGCCAGAACUGCGACACCAGUGUGAUUACCAAAUGGGCCACAGAGAUAUCCAGCUUCAUCAAAUCCCUAGACUCAAAGCAUCGUGUAUCGCUGGGCGAUGAAGGUUGGCUCUGCUCUGAUGAUAGCAGUCUUGGUUACGCAUACUCUUGCUCCGAGGGUAUCGAUUUCGAAGCUAAUCUGAAGAUCUCUACACUUGACUAUGGGACGGUACAUAUGUAUCCCAUCGGUUGGGGGUACAAUUAUCCCUGGGGAAAUCAGUGGAUUCGUGACCACGCAGCACUGGCAAGCAAGUAUGGCAAACCUAUUGUCAUGGAAGAAUAUGGCGUUGAGAGCACAACCUCGAAUCGCACUGCUGUGCUUAAGGAGUACCAAGAGACCAUCCUGAGCACUGAAAUUGCGUAUGAUAGCUUCUGGCAAUUCGCAUCUAAUCUUCCUAGUGGGGCGAAUCCAUAUGAUGCUUAUGCGAUCUUCUAUGGCACGCAGGAGUAUCAGGAUGUGGUGAUUGACCAUGCUAAGACUAUCAGCGCGAAGGCUGUCUGA